ACGCAUGCGCACUACAGCGCCAAAGAGGAACUGAGGCUAUAGAGAAAGCGGAAAUCAUCUGUCUGUGCGUCUGUACGUGAGCAAGGAGUUUGUAGAACUGUCUAUGUGGACACGGUGUGGGAGUAGCUGGAGGUGUGUCAACACACCACUGGAUUUCAAAAAAAUUCAGUGAUACCAAGGUGACAGAGAACAGCAGUUUUGAGGCAUAUACUCAUACACAAAUACACACACAGCCUGCAUACACACUCCUAUAUAUAUAUAUAUGUAUAUAUAGCCAGUAACACUCCAGAGUACACACACAUAUAUACACUUAUUCACAGACACUCAUACACACACACACAUACACACACACACAUAAAUGUAUGUGUGUAGACACACACACCCUCAGAUAUAAACAUAAAGACACACAAACAAUCUUUCACAGCUGCUAUUCAUCACUACAGUGGGGAAGACACCAUGACAGAAGUUGCUGGAGUCACAGAGGCCAUGGCAACAACACUGAGGGUAAAUGAAAAUGAAAGUGAGCUCUCAGAUGCUUCACUUGAUGAGGACUGUGUUGCUAAGUGGGGUUUCAGGCUUGCUGAGUUGUAUCGGCUUGCACUUUUGUUCUUUAAAGAUAAACAAGGCAAAGCUGUGCAUCUCACUUACAAGGACAAACUCAAAUUAGUUGCUUAUACAAAACAAGCAGCACAUGGGCGAUGUAUAACCGAAGCCUUCCCUGAUGUUGGAUUUUUGGAUGUUGUCGGGAGUGAUCGAAGACAGGCUUGGCGUGCUCUUGGUGACAUGCCACAGACACAAGCAAUGGCUGAAUUUGUGACAACACUUGAUAGCCUCUGUCCCCUGCUCCGGCCAUUUGUCCAAGCUCACCGAACCGAGAGGGACGACAAGCUACGGAAAGAACAAGAAGAAUUAGAACGCAGGCGUUUAGAAGAAGAAGAACGUCUUAGACAAGAGAUGGAAAUUGAGGCUGCAAGGCGUCAACAGUUGCAACGAGAACAUCAGCUAGAACAAGAGAUGCAGAUACGAGCAGCCCUUAAUCAGCAAACAGCUGUCCAGUUCCAACAGUAUGCUGAGGCCCAAUAUCCAAAGAAUCGGCAACAGCAAGAAGAGCUGAUUGGCCAGCUACAAGAGCAACAUUUCCACCAAUACAUGCAGCAAGUCUACCGUCAGCAAUUGAUACAUCAACAGCAACAAUAUAUCCAGUUGCAGUCUUUGAACAGGCAUCCCACAGCUCCUUGCUAUGACAAUGCUGUUUCUUCAUCGACAUCCACAGUUUGCCCUGGUAGUGGUAGUGGUAAUAAUAAUAAUAAAGAAGGCUUGGCAAGCAGUAGAACUCGAGGAGCUGGUAGCAAAAUGGCCCAUGCUAACCAGUUUUCUCAAAAUAAUCACAUCAGCAAUAGUAGUAGUGAUGGUUGUGGUGUCAGUCAUGAUAAGAACCAUAAUAAUCCUGGGUCAGCUGAUGGUGGUGGGGCAAGUAGUAGUAAUAAUAAUAAUAAUAAUGAUAAUCAUUGGUCAGUUGAUGGUGAGGGGUGUGGAAUUAACCAUGGUCGUAGGCCGGCCGGUUGUGGUGGUAAUGACUUCUCUCAGAAUAUUGUACAAGGUGAAACUCAUUCGACUGCAGCUGGAGCUGGAAACAGUGGUGUCGGAUUGUCUGGUCUUUCAGCUGGUAUGAAUGUACUUACAACAGGAACAGUGACACCAACUGCAGCCACAGGGGCAGCAGAUGCUACUGCUAGUUCUGAUACUAUUGCUGGCAAUAGCAAUGCCACAGGAGUGACCAACACACAGCAAGGCCCACCCUGGCCUGCUGGAGCUAGAACAACUGCAGCAGCUGGUAAUCAUAUGGGCAUGAAUUAUAACAUGUACAACUAUAAUAGUGGCCAUGACAAAAACACUACUCUCAACAGUAAUAUAAACACAACAAAUGCAAACAGCAAUACUGUUCUUAGUACUACCACUACUGCUUCUACAGUAAGUUCAACCAGUAUGUGUAAUGCUGCAACCAAUGAACAGGCUGAUGGAUUGCAUAAUUCAGCAUUUGUGCCCCCACAUGCUAAAAGUUUAUUUGGUAUCCCUGGCAGCGCACCAACAGUGGUACCAUCAUCAUCAGUGGCAGACAGUACACUGCAACCGCACCAACAACAACACUCUUUAUCACUAUCACAAGUCCCACAACCAGCUCAUUCUAGCUUGUCCCAGCAAAAUGAAGGGUUGUACAAUAACAACAACAACAAUAAUAGCUACUCUACGAACAAUAACAAUAACAACACACCACACUCCAAUGACCCAGCGAUGGCUGAGGAAGUUGAUGGUGAAGAUGAGGCUGCCAUCCAUGGGAGUGCUGCCGAUGGUUAUGGAGAUAUGGGUGAACUACCUCCACUAGCUGCAGCCUCCCUUUGGACCAGAGGUGAGAUGAAGGAGUUCAAAUCUGCUCUUAGUCAAGAGAAGGACUGCGUCAUCAGGGUUGGAUCAGGCGAAACUGUCACGGUGAGGGUACCAACACACCAGGAUGGUAGUUGCCUGUUUUGGGAGUUUGCUACAGACAGUUAUGAUAUUGGCUUUGGAGUCUACUUUGAGUGGACCAUCUCCCACUCAAAUGCUGUUAGUAUACAUGUUAGCGAUUCAAGUGAUCCUGAUGAUGAUGAAGAGGAUGAAGAUGACUUGGACGAUGCAGAUGCCAAAUCACCAAAUUCUGACCCAGAGAAAGGCCACACUUCUUCCACUGCAAAUAUUUCUGCUUUAGCCUCUGGUAGCACCAAUUCACCAUCAAGAGCAGCAGCCUCUAGCACAGGUCCAAGCAGUAGUAGCAAUCAGCAUCGUCCACCCACUGAUGAGAUAAUUCCAGUUUACAGGCGAGACUCUCACCUAGAGGUUUACUGCGGUAACCACGCGUAUCCUGGACGGGGUGUAUAUCUGUUGAAGUUUGACAAUUCCUAUUCACUUUGGCGUUCAAAGACACUUUACUAUAGGGUGUAUUAUACAAGUUGAAUGAGUGGUUGAAUGAGGUGUGGGUGUUCAAGUUCAAUAAUUCUUAUUGAGUGUGACACUUUAAGUCACUCUAUGGGAUGGGUGUAUUAUGCAAGUUGAGCAUGAAUGAGUUUGUGUAAGGCGGGAGGGUUGCUUGUGAGUUGUGUGGUUGUGUUAUAUAAGUUUGGCUGAUAGUGGAGUGUUUGACAAAUUUUGUUGGUUGUGUCUGGAAUGGAUUUGUUGACAUUUGACAAUGUGUACUUGCUAUGGUAUUACAUUACACUCUACUAUAGGGUGCACUGUACCAGCUGAAUGUAUGUUUGAUUGGAGUAGAAUUGGUAUUAAUUGUGGGUUGAGUUGAAGUUCAAACCCUUCUAUUUAGUGUGUGACAUAUGAAGUCAGUCUGCUGCAGUACUCUACAGAAGUCAUUCUACUACCUGUACUAUACCAGUUGAGUGAAUGUGUGGCUGUUAUGGAUUGACAAUUCAUAUUUGCUAUAAUAUAUGAAGAUAUUUUAAUAGAUGAUAGAAGUAACAAUUAUUCAAUGAUGGGUUGUUUAUAAUAAGUAUUUUGUUUAUUGAGGGCUUAGAGCUGUUUCUGUUCGAGGGAUUGUUAUUGUUUCGAGGUUUAUUUUUUAAAGUUUGCUGGUGUUUCUUAACUUUGUGCCUGUGUGUGUUUGUGACUAAAUAUGUGUAUGUAUUAUAUGUUGAUGUCCAUAUAAAUGUGUGUAUGUAUUAUAUGUUGAUAUCCAC